AUGGAGACUUCACGCAUAUUCGUACGCGGUCUACCGCCGAAGUUCUCAGAGGACGAUGUGCGCAAGCACUUCUCCAAGUUCACUAUCACGGACGUGAAGUACUUCCCCGCCCGCCGCAUUGGGUACAUUGGAUACAAGACGCCAGAGGAUGCUUCCAAGGCGAUCAAGUACUUCAACAAAUCCUUCAUUCGCAUGUCCAAAAUAUUUGCCGAGCCAGCACGAGCUAUCGCAGACAAGGAACUCCCCAAGUCGCGACGACAACAGAAAUUUGAGAAGAGCGUACCAAGAAACGACGAUUACGUACCGCCUCCGAAAGAGAACCACCUCAAGCGAAAGCGAGAGGAAGUUGAGCAAGACCAAAAGCUGAAGGAGUUCCUUGAUGCGAUGCAACCGCCCUCGAAGCAGAAGGCGUGGGCCAACGAAGAGGCACAAAUGGAGUCAAGCUCCGCGCCCGCUGCUGAACCAGCUGAAGAAGCUGUUGCUGUUCCAGAAGGCGAAAGCGACGACGAGUACCAGGUACUGUCGAAGAAGCCCAAGACUGCGCAGCGGAUACCGUCGCCUGAAGCGGAGUCUGCAGUGGGAACAGAAUUGACUGUCCACGCGACAAACGUUGCCCAAACCAACGAAGAUGCGUCCGAGGAGCUCCCCGAUGCACCUGCUGAUGAGGCUGGCCCUGUUUCGGAUGCUGACUGGCUUCGGUCACGCACGAACAGAGUGCUUGAUCUCGUGGAGGAUGAUGACGAAAAUCCUGCUCCGCCGACAGCGAACAAGCAAGAGGUCGAGAUGAGAGAGGAACUUCCCGAAGCUGAAGCCGCACAGCUUGGGGUUGCACUAGCCGAAGAAGCCCAGGAAGAAGACGCAGCGCCUUCCGAGGAAGGCAAGGUUCGCCAGACUGGCCGACUGUUCCUGAGAAAUCUUCAUUAUGAUGUCAAUGAAGAUGACAUACGCGAACAGUUCUCCAAGUUUGGCACAAUCGAAGAGGUUCACGUCCCCACGAAGAAAAUCGAUGGAAAAGGUAAAGGAUUUGCCUUUAUACAAUUUGAAGAUCCUGAACACGCGGUCGAGGCCUUCCGUGAGAAUGAUGGUACCAUCUUCCAAGGAAGGUUAUUGCACAUUAUUUCAGGGAAGGCGAAAAGGAACGAUGCACUUGAUGAGUUUGCCAUAUCCAAACUACCACUCAAGAAGCAGAAAGACGUACUCAGAAAGAAGAACGCCUCCGCGUCAACCUUCAACUGGAACUCGCUGUAUCUUAACACCGAUGCCGUGUUGUCAACGGUGGCGGAGCGCCUCAACAUCAGCAAGGCUGAACUGUUGGAUCCCACAUCUUCGGACGCUGCGGUCAAGCAAGCCCAUGCUGAAACGCACAUCAUCCAAGAGACCAAGGGUUACUUUGCAAAACAAGGCGUCGAUCUUGAUGCGUUCAAGAGAAGUUCGAAAGGCGAUCUCGCCAUCCUUGUCAAGAACAUCCCUCAUGGAGUCAAGGCCGAUGAGAUACGACAGCUUUUCGAGGAGCAUGGCACAAUUCGCAGGUUUUUGAUGCCUCCUGCUGGCAUGACUGCUAUUGUGGAGUUCGGGAAUGCCACACAAGCCAAAUCUGCGUUCAUGACUCUUUCGUACAGAAAGAUGAAGGACUCGAUUCUAUAUCUUGAAAAGGCGCCCAAAGACCUCUUCAAGGAAGGCGUGUCUAGCACAACGAUACCCACUGCAGUUUCCGACAAGCCUGGCGCGUUACUGUCUGCCCAGGACCUGCUGGAAGAGGAGCCAGAAUCAACGAACACUGUCACACUACACGUGAAGAACCUGAAUUUCUCGACGACGACGCAGAAGCUGUCUGAGACAUUCAAACCGUUGGCGGGAUUCCGCAGCGCGAUUGUUCGGACCAAGACCGAUCCCAAGCGUGGUAUACUCUCGCUCGGUUAUGGAUUUGUGGACUUCAGUAGCUCUGAGACGGCUUCUGCCGCGCUGCGAGCCAUGGAUGGCUAUAGCCUCGAGGGGCAUUCACUGAAGAUUCAGGCCUCACAUAGAGGGGCCGAUGCCGCCGAAGAGCGACGAAAGGAGGACGCCGUCAAGAAGGCUGCCGGGACGAAGAUCCUUAUCAAGAACUUGCCUUUCGAAGCUACCAAAAAAGAUGUUCGCGCGCUCUUUGCCCCUUACGGAUCCUUGCGCUCGGUCAGGGUGCCGAAGAAGUUCGAUUCGUCCUCUCGUGGAUUUGCUUUUGCCGAAUUUUCGACGAAACGAGAUGCUGCCAACGCGAUGAACCAACUUCGUGGCACGCAUUUACUGGGCAGACACCUUGUUCUUACUUUUGCUGAGACCGAGGCGGAUGACCCUGAACUGGAGCUGGAGAAGAUGCAGCAGAAGGUUGGGUCACAGGCGAACAAAGUUGCCCUGCAGCGUUUGACGUCAGGCGGACGGAAAAAGUUUAACGUUGCAGGUACCGACGAUCUAGACGAAGCUUAG